AUGAGGAAGGCGCGCGCGGUUGUGGCCGUGGACGUGGUCCCGUCGCUCGCUGCCCUUGCCGCACCCGACGGCCCCCAGCCGGAACGACCGCCGCUAUUGCCCGUGGCUUCCCCCCCUGCGCAUGUCCCGUUGCCUGACUCCGAUGCCGCACACGCCGCUCGCCCCGACCGUCACCGAGCGGGCAUGAACGGGGUUAUGGGCGAAGAAGGUGGGCGCAGGGGGAAAGGCGCAGGUGCGAUGGGUUUGCGGGUGUUGGAGGAGGUAGAAGGCGAUGCGGGCGACAGUGACGUGCGCGCAGUAACCUUCGACUCCCCCCCGCCUCUUUCCGAUAGCUCCCCCGGCAGCGGACGAUCAAUGCGGCAUUUGGGCUCGAGCAGGAGUAUGACUAUAUCGAGAGGGCCCAGCAUGGGGGAAGAGGAGGACGACGACGGCGACGACGACGGGUUGUUGAGUGUGCGGCGAGGGGGCGCGGCGCCGCCGCUUUCGCUCUGGGACGACGACGACUCGCGUUUGGACAGUUCCCGAUCCAAUGCCACGCCCGGCAGCGGCCGCAGCUUCCGCAGCAGCAGCAGCAGCAGCGGCGGCGGUGCGUCGGGUGGCGGGCGCGCGCCGAAGAAGCACACGGGGGUGGGCCCGGCGCUGCAGCAGCGCCCGCUGCCGCAGUCCAUGAGCAUGAACCGUGCGCGCAUGCGCCUGGCGGGCAUGAAGCUGGACCUGCGCGUGCUGCCUUCCGGGCCCGCGGGCGUGCUCCUGCCCGAGCAGUCCGCCGCGCAACACCUCCCCGCGCAGGGCGAUACGGCCGCUGGGCCGGACGGGUUCUCGGUGACGGGGAUGGGGGGAAGGUUCGACGGGGAGGGCGGGGCGGGCGAGGAAGAGGAGGAGGAGGAGAGCGGGGAGGAGAUGCAGGUGCGCGAUCGGAAGGAGAAGUUUGUGUUCUUCGAGAAGCAGUGCAGCCGCGUGCUGCCGCACGUGUACGUAGGCAGCGACGCCGUGGCGCGCGACAGAGGCAUUUUGCGGCAGUCGGGCAUCACGCACGUGGUCAACUGCGUCGGCUUCGUGUGCCCCGAGUACUUCCCGCACGACAUCACCUACAAGACGCUCUGGCUGCAGGUAACCGCCGCUCUCGCUGCACUCGUUUUCGCCAUUCCUUUCUUUUUCGCCCAUCUGUUCCCCUUACCCACAUGUCCGGCGCAUUCACAUGUGGGGCCUGUCCCCUCCGUGGCUUUGGCUGUGCUCGGCGCGCAGGACAACACGUCGGAGGACAUCCAGUGCGUGCUGUACGAUGUGUUUGACUUCGUCAACGAGGUCAAGCAGGUCAACGGCCGCGUCUUCGUGCACUGCUGCCAGGGCGUCUCGCGCUCCACGUCGUUGGUCAUCGCCUACCUCAUGUGGGCGCAGCAAGUGGAGUUCGAGGAUGCGUUCCGCGUGGUGAAGGCCAUCCGCGGCGUCGCGAGUCCCAACAUGGGCUUCGCGUGCCAGCUGCUGCAGUGGCAGAAGCGCGUGCUCUCGCCGCCCACGCCCUCCUCCCCGCUGCCCCCUGCCGCUUCCCCACGCGCUCUCGCUGCUGCCGCUGCUGAUGGCACUGUCGAUAGCAGUGGGUGCAACGGCGAGAGCGCGGGGCAGGGAGGGCGGGGAGGGCAGGGGGGGCGGCAGAUGGAGAGUGUGUGCGUGUACCGCAUGGCACCGCACUCGCCAUACGACCCACUGCACCUGGUGCCCAAGAUGCUCACGGACGUGUCUGUCUCCGCACUCGACCCCCGCGGCGCCUUCAUCGUGCAGGUGGGAGCGGCGCUGUACGUGUGGCAGGGCGCGGAGUGCCGCGCGCCCAUGCAGCAGCAGGCGCAGCACGCGGCGGCACAGAUAGUGCGGUACGAGCGCCUGCCAGCAGCAGCGUCGCUGGUCCACCAGGGCCAGGAGCCGCACGGCUUCAGGGCCGCGCUCAGCGCGCAGCGCCUGGUGCGCGGCGGCAGCGGCGAGUGGGGCGUGUGUCUGAGCGUGCUGGAGCGCGAGGGGCUCACGUACCUGGGGCAGGACGCGCACCAGCUGCCCGGCCAUGGCGCCUUGCACUCCGACCCCGCUUCCAUGCUGCCCGUGCUCGUGGCAGGAGGCAGAGGCGGUAGUGGGCGGGGCGUGGGCGAUGGUGGGAGUGAGGGUGGGAGUAGACGGGGCGAGUGGGUGGUGGAGGAGCGGGAGGAGUACUCGUUUGACUUUGAGUGCUUUAACAAGGGGCUGGACGGGGGCACGCCGCAAGGAGCAGGGGCGCUGGCAGCGCCGCCCACCAAGGUGCUGCCGUAUCAGCACAGGGGCUGGCUGGAGGCCACCCUGCCUCUCAACCCCGCCUACUCCCUCCCUUGGGACUCUCCCGACCCGACCCCACGUGGCGCUCAACCCUUGCCGGCACCGCCAACCCCAGCAGCAGCAGCAGGCAGCGGCGUUGGGUCGGCAGUGGCAUCCACGAGCUCUGCUCUGGCGCGACUCACCGUGCACGACGAGGAGGUGGACGCAGGCAGCAAAGCAGGAGAGGCGCGCGAGGCGAGGGGAGGUGAGGAGGGGCGUGGGCCUCGCAAGCCAGUGUUUGCGCCGCUGCCACUGCAUGCACACACGUCCAUGCCGUCCCCCUCGUCCUUCUCUCCACGCUCCCUGGGUUUCUUCCCCCCCUCUGGCAGUGGUGCCUAUGGCGCUGCUCUGAGCAAGUUCUCCAAGCCUGCUGCUGCUGCGCGCGACCCACACCGACUCAAGGACCAAUCAGGCAGGCCCAAGGCAGUGGGCGACGGGGACACAGGUAAUGGCGGUGACAAUGCCAGUGGCAGUGGGAAUGGCCGGGGGAAUGGCGGUGGCAGUGGCAGUGGGUUGAGAAUGGGAGGACUUCAAGUUUUCGAGUCAGGCAGCAGUGGCGGAGGGGUGAGGCGAGGCCUCCCCCCACUGACGCCCCGGACCAAAGGGAGCAUGAAGGUGCAGCAGGAGAAAGGGUGGGGGGCAGAGGCAGAUACAGGUGGUGAGGAGGGGGAGCUGAUGCCAGUGGAUGGACUGCAGGCGAUCACAGAGGUGGAUGACCCAGGGUUGCAAGAGCAGCACAAGGGAGGGGAUGCGGAUGGGGACAGCGACGUGGGUGGUGGGGUAGGGCCUGUGUGGUUGCCAUCUCCCAGACAUGGCAAACCGAAGCUUAGAGCUGCAUGGGAGGAGGGCGAGGGGGACGAGGCAGAGGAGGAGGAGGAGAGAGGAAGGAGAGGUGAGGUGGGUGGUAAGGAGGACGAGGGGGUGGGAGCAGUGUUGGGAGCGCUGCCUCAAAGGAGAGGGAGGGUGGUACGUGGCUCUCAGAGCACAGGCAGCGAAGCAGGUGCAGUGGACGCACGUGGUAAGGCCCCCAAGCUCCCUCCAAGACCUGCUUUGCCGCCGUCCGCUCCGUCCGCUGCAUCAGCUGGCAGCAGCAGCAGCAGCACUGCUGCAAAUUUUGGUGCGGCUCUCCCUCCUGCCCCUCGUUCCAGCUCGCAGUCGAAAGGGCGGGGUGAUGGUGGAGAGGGUUGGGGCGAGAGCGGGGAAGGGGAAGUGGACAAGGCAGAGAGCAGUGGGAUGGAUGCCUUUGGUGUGCCUCUCACUCCGAGACGACGACUGCCGCCCAGAUCAGCAUUUGGAAGGGGGUUCAAGGGAGACGAUGCGGACCAAGCGGAGGAUGGGGGGAUGCGGUCAAAGAGGCAAGGGGUAUCGCGCAAGGAGAAGGAUUGGCCAGCGACUGGUGACGACUUUGGGGCAGAGGGUGGUGUGGGAGUGGAGGAGAGGGAUGACAUGGAGGUUGAGGAUGGCAUGGGUGCUGGUAUGGCGCUCCCCACCCCUCGACGUCUAGGGCCACAAAUCAAGAAGAUAUUCUAG